GCAGCGCCACUGCGAUGGCUGAGCCCGGCCGGCCGUCGGACGCAGCCGCCCGAAGCCUGAUCGAGGGGAGCCUUGGUGACUGAAAAAAUGUAGCGGAGUGACACCUGCCAAGAGCUUGGCGUAGAUACCCUGGCCCAGACGGAGCAGCUGCCCCUGGGUGUCUUUCUGGCCAUCCAGCCUCACCAUGUCAAAGAAGGGUGCAGGCAGCCGGGCCAAGGGGGACAAAGCAGAGACACUCGCUGCAUUGCAGGCUGCCAACGAGGAGCUGCGAGCCAAGCUCACGGACAUCCAGAUCGAGCUGCAGCAGGAGAAGAGCAAGGUCAGCAAAGUUGAGCGGGAGAAGAGCCAGGAGCUAAAGCAGGUUCGUGAACACGAGCAGCGCAAGCACGCGGUCCUGGUCACGGAGCUCAAGACCAAGCUCCACGAGGAGAAGAUGAAGGAGCUGCAGGCCGUGCGGGAGGCGCUGUUGAGGCAGCACGAGGCCGAGCUGCUGAGGGUCAUCAAGAUUAAAGACAAUGAGAACCAGCGGCUGCAGGCGUUGCUCAACACCCUGCGGGAUGGUGCACCCGACAAGGUGAAGACCGUGCUCCUGUGUGAGGCGAAGGAGGAGGCCAAGAAAGGAUUUGAGGUGGAGAAGGUCAAGAUGCAGCAAGAGAUCUCAGAGCUCAAGGGGGCCAAGAAGCAGGUGGAGGAGGCACUGACCAUGGUCAUCCAGGCGGACAAGAUCAAGGCUGCGGAGAUCAGGAGUGUCUACCAUUUGCACCAGGAAGAAAUCACCCGGAUCAAGAAGGAGUGUGAGCGUGAGAUUCGCAGGCUGAUGGAGGAGAUAAGAUUUAAAGACAGAGCAGUCUUCGUGCUGGAAAGAGAGUUAGGGGUUCAAGCCGGGCAUGCCCAGAGACUGCAGCUCCAGAAAGAGGCUCUAGAUGAGCAACUUUCCCAGGCCAAAGAGGCUGAGCGGCACCCAGGCAGCCCCAGACGGGAACUUCCUUAUGCAAGCGGUGCAGGAGACGCCUCAGACCACUCAGGAAGCCCUGAACAGCAGUUGGACGAAAAGGAUGCCAGGCGCUUCCAACUUAAAAUCGCAGAGUUAAGUGCCAUCAUCCGUAAGCUAGAAGACCGCAACGCCUUGCUGUCUGAAGAAAGGAAUGAACUGCUAAAGCGGCUGAGAGAAGCUGAGAGUCAGUAUAAGCCGUUGCUGGAUAAGAACAAGCGCCUUACUCGGAAAAAUGAAGACUUGUCUCAUACUCUGCGGCGCAUAGAAAGCAAGUUGAAAUUUGUCACCCAGGAGAACAUAGAAAUGAGGCAGAGAGCAGGGAUCAUCCGGAGACCCAGCUCCUUAAAUGACCUUGAUCAAAGUCAAGAUGAGAAAGAGAUCGACUUCCUAAAGCUCCAGAUCGUGGAGCAGCAGAACCUCAUUGAUGAGCUUUCUAAGACCUUGGAGACAGCAGGCUAUGUGAAGAGUGUGUUGGAACGUGAUAAGCUGUUGAGGUAUCGGAAACAAAGAAAGAAAAUGGCGAAACUCCCCAAGAAGCCAGUUGUCGUGGAGACCUUCUUUGGAUAUGAUGAAGAAGCUUCCCUGGAGUCCGAUGGAUCUUCCAUUUCUUAUCAAACUGACAGGACGGAUCAGACCCCAUGCACCCCUGAAGAUGACCUAGAAGAGGGCAUGGCCAAGGAAGAGACUGAACUGAGGUUCCGGCAGCUGACCAUGGAGUACCAGGCAUUGCAGCGAGCCUAUGCCUUGCUGCAGGAACAAGUCGGAGGGACCCUGGAUGCAGAACGAGAAGUUAAGACCCGUGAACAGCUGCAAGCAGAAAUACAGAGAGCACAGACAAGGGUGGAGGACCUGGAAAAGGCUCUGGCUGAGCAGGGGCAGGAUAUGAAGUGGAUUGAAGAGAAGCAAGCAUUGUAUCGACGGAAUCAAGAGCUUGUAGAAAAGAUAAAACAAAUGGAGACAGAGGAGGCACGGCUGAAGCAUGAAGUCCAGGAUGCAAAGGACCAGAAUGAGCUGCUGGAAUUCAGGAUCCUAGAGCUUGAGGAAAGGGAGAGGAAGUCACCAGCCAUCAACUUUCACCAUACACCUUUUGUGGAUGGGAAGAGCCCCCUGCAGGUGUAUUGUGAAGCCGAAGGUGUAACGGACAUCCUGGUCACAGAGCUGAUGAAGAAGCUGGAUAUCCUGGGGGAUAACGCCAAUCUGACCAAUGAGGAGCAAGUGGUUGUCAUUCAAGCCAGGACAGUCCUGACCUUGGCAGAAAAGUGGCUACAAAGGAUUGAAGAAACCGAAUCAGCACUACAGCGGAAAAUGGUAGAUCUGGAGAGUGAGAAGGAGCUGUUCAGUAAGCAGAAAGGCUACCUGGAUGAGGAGCUGGAUUACAGGAAGCAGGCCUUGGACCAAGCCCACAAGCACAUCCUGGAGCUGGAAGCCAUGUUGUAUGAUGCCCUGCAGCAGGAGGCCGGGGCCAAGGUGGCCGAGCUGCUGUCUGAAGAAGAGCGUGAGAAACUCAAGGUGGCGGUGGAGCAGUGGAAGCGCCAGGUCAUGAGCGAGCUGCGAGAGCGUGAUGCACAGAUCCUGAGAGAGCGCAUGGAACUGCUGCAGAUUGCGCAGCAGGUGCUGGGGGUGGGGUGGCAAUAG